AUGGCCAACUCACAAGACGAGCCAUGGGAGCUCUCGGCAGACGGAUGCCACGUAGCCUUGGUCACGGAGCCGCUCAAUAUCCAAGAAACCAUGAACAAGGUCCGCAGUCCCGAAGCCGGCGCCAUUGUCCUCUUCGCCGGCACAACGCGUGACAACUUUGCGGGAAAGCCCGUCAAGGAGCUCACGUACACGGCGUACGCGCAGCUUGCCCUGCGAAGCAUGCUGAGCAUCGGCAGUGAUGUGCGUUCCCGGCACGGGCUCAAGGGCAUCGCCAUGGCUCACCGCCUUGGCACCGUGCCCAUUGGCGAAGAGAGCAUCCUGAUUGCCGUGUCUGCACCGCACCGGCAGGCUGCCUGGAGAGCGGGCGAGGAGGCCCUCGAGGAGUGCAAGGCCAGGGUCGAGGUUUGGAAACGAGAGGAAUUCCACGGCGAGCAAGGCGUGUGGAGGGCGAAUCGAGACGGUGCCGCGGGGACAAGGACCGAUUCUUGA